CGGAAAUUGCGUCCUCAGUGCGCGACAAGUUGCAACGAUCGCGAAGGGGGUGUCUUCUUCCGCUUGCGCAGGCUGCCAGGACGCGCCUGUACGCUAUGUUUGACAAGCGCCUGCGCCAUAUUCCCACGCCUCAGUUUCAUACCAGCGUCCUGCAGGCCAUUAACAAGGAUAACAUCGCAAAGAUCAACUAAAGCAUACAGUGUUGAGGCCGAAAUAUCCGAUAACAAUAUCGCGCAACGAAGCAAUGCCACGACUUACACCUGCGUCGGGGUUGACUCUUGGCCGGCAACGACUAAACAUCACGAAGACACUUGGACGAUAUUUCAACACCACACCCAGUGCACGCCCUACGAUAUGGUAAGACGCGAUACCCCGAUAUACGGACACUUCGGCGAGGGAGCCUAUUGCCAACAUCUUGGCAGAGACACAUGCCAUGGCUUUCGUUGGUUUGCCAAGGCCACGCCGCCGGAUGAUGUGCGUGGAUUCGUGACGCGGUCCUCCCACAAGCAACCCAGAGAGUAA